UGCGACGAAAUACAAUCAUAUAUAAUUCAGGAUAAACUUUUAAAAAACUGGUGCGAUGAAGUUGCCAAAGAAAUCUGGGAACAAAAACCGGAAUUCGCCGUAAUACAUGUGCAAGGAUUACGGGAAGCAUCAAAUCCAGAUGCGUUAGCAAGUAAAUUAAUUAAUUGUUUAAUAAAUGAUUCGAUGGAGAUUCAAAGACAAUUUCCAACAAGUCGAGCAUAUUUUGAUACAGCUGAGACGGGCCUUGGUUCGAUAUAUUUGUUUCGAUCACACACUGAAAUAAAAUCAUUUGAUCGUUACAGUAAUAGUGGUUACAAUACUUUACGAGUCGGUCAUCAGUGCGACAUUGGAACACCCAAUUCCAAUGAGUACAUUACUAACAGAUUUGACAAUAGAGCACAAUCAUAUUCGUCAAGAUAUCAUAAUAGUUUAUAUCACAAUGAUGGUAAUAUUCAAACAGGAUAUAUGUUGGCAAGAUUCCGCAUUUAUGGAAGAGAUUUCACUUUUGUUAACUUAUGCCUUCAUGCUGUACCUUUUGAAGAUAUUAAUGAAAUUAUUGAACAGCCAGAAACAACGAAAGCAGCACAACUGCGUCGCCAACAAAUUGAUAUUCUACUUAAAGAAUUGGAAUCGGAAGGUCUUAAAGAUGAUUCGAUACUUGUUGCUGGAGCUUUUAAUGCUCAACUUUUCGAGACAGCUUUGAUUAGUGAUAUGGCACACACACAACGGGCGAAAUCAUAUGCAAAAAAAUCUGAAGAUGGUCGACUUCAAGGAAUCGAGCAACGUGAUCGGCACGGAAGAAGUAUUCUUACGGUAGAAACGCAUCGCUUUGAUCUACAUUCAAUUCACGAUUGGUUCUUCCGGCUUGGAAGAGGUCAAAUGGUCAAAAAAUAUAAUGGAGAACUAGCACAGGUUGUUUUUGGUGGAAAACUCUUGGAGGAAUCCGUUUUCUUUCAGGGAAAUUUGCAGCCAUCACGACAUUAUGGAAAGGAUUCAAAGACAAAUAAGGAAGAAUUCAUGAAAAAUCUCUGUCCAUCAUGGGCUGAUAGGGUUUUAUAUAAUGAAAAAUUGAGUGAUCUAUUCCGACAUGAUUCAUUUUGUGCAUCCGGCUUAUAUUACGGUUUGGUUGCUGAAAAAACAUUUGUUGGCCAACAUAAGCCAGUGGCAUUGCAUGCUACAAUAUGUCUCAAGUAA